UUCUUAUCAUCGUAUCGUACCUUAAAAAUUAAGGAACUAGCCAGACAGAGAGUAUUUUUUUCUAAAAUAAGAUGGGUUCCAAGGCAGUUCUUCUCAUCGGCCUUUCUCUGGCCGUUUUUCUCAUGAUCGCUUCCCAGGUUUCUGCUAGGGAGCUCGCCGGCAAAACUGCAGCUUCAUUGACCACAAGUGAAGGUGAGGAGCACAAGCAUGUAGAUGAAUAUGGUGGGCCGGGAGGCUAUGGACGUGGUGGGUAUGGAGGCGGCGGACGCGGUGGGUAUGACGACUGGGGACGCGGCGGUUAUGGCGGCGGCUAUGGCGGUGGUCGUGGAGGAGGAUAUUGCAGAUACGGUUGUUGCGGCAGGGUCGGAUACCAUGGAGGUUGCCAAAGGUGCUGCGGUUAUAAGGGGGAGGCCGUCGAUGCGGCGGGGGCAAAGCCGUGAUUAGUUGUCAUAUCGAAAUAUCGAAUAAACAAAUACUGUUAAAGCUUCUGUUUUAAUUAGAGAAUAUUAACUGAAUAUUCAGAACAAGGUUUGAAAAUUCCAAAAUAAGACUGUCAUGUUUUUAUUCCCAAAAUAGGACUAAUUACUGCCAUGUUUUGGCAGUAUCAGACUUUAAACAUGGCAGUAUUUUCUAAACUUGCCAGUAAUUACUCCUAUUUUGGGAAUAAAAAACAUAACAGUCAUAUUUUGGAAUUUUCAAAUUGUUUUAGUCCUAUUUCGAGAACAUUCCCAUUUGAUUAAUAUGGAUCCAUAUAUAUAUAUAUAUCUGUCUCUUAAUUAAAUAUGGACAAUCCCAAUCCCUUAAUUAUGUAAUAAUGCAGUGAUGUACGAUUGUACGGCACGCACAAUAUAUUUGUAAUGAAUAAAAUACUACCUAAUUGUUGCUACAACUUCAUUCCC